AUGGUGAAUAAAAUGAUCCUCAUGGCCUUUAUGGGCAUUGGCGCCAGCCUUGUUGCAGCAACGGAUCAAACCGUCACUGUCACAACGACCAAGACGGAAACCCUGCACCUCGACCACGUCCUUGACUCUAUCUACUUCGUCCACAACGGAGACAGAAACGGUGUCCAAGUCUACUUCCACUGCAUCUACCACUGGCUCUGUUUCGUCCGGAUCAAGCUCUUCUCAAUCUACGUAUUCCAUCCCAUCGGUGACUUCAAGCACCAGCACGACUACUGGUACAAUUACGAGCAGCACUUUCACUUCGUCUUCCACCACUACCGGAGCUUCCACCACCACCACCGACUCGAGCCAACUCCCCGGAACCACCACGUCAAACUGCUCUCAAGGGUACAACUGUGGAUCCCUCACUGCAAGAGGAAGCACAGAUUCGUCUGUUCUCCUAAGCACUUCAAUUUCUCCAUCCACGUCAUCUUCUUCUUCUCUGCAUUCCACCUCGCUUUCAACUUCAACGUCCAGCAGAGAUACUACUUUCAAAUUUCCCACUACGACACAAGCUCCACAUCAGAGACGACUGCUGAAAGCACGACUCUGACGACACUCAAGUCGACUAUCACGCAGACUGUCACCGUUCCUGGAAAUUCUCACUCUGAAAGCUACAGUCACACUCCAUCGGACACUACUAAGUCUACAUCUGAGUCUUCCACACAAACCUUUUACUCGACCGUGUCUGAGUCUACCGGAAAGUCUUCUACUGUAUCCUCAACUGAGUCUACAUCCACCAGUACCUCUACUACCACGGGCCAAUCGUCCUCGGGAACAUCUUCUAAUUCCAGCGGUCAAUCUUCCACUGCUUCGUCAACCAAGACCUCUUCUACAAGCACCGGUAUAAUCUCCUCCAAGACAUCCACGAGUUCAGCAAGUGAAUCUUCUACCACCUCGUCAACAGAGUCCUACCAGUCAACCGUCUACCUCGAGUAUCUCGACAAGAUACACAACCACACCAUCCGGAACCUUGUUAUCCUCCUCCACUUCCACAUCUGCAUCCUCAUCCUCCUCAUCCACACAAGUCGGGUCCACCGACUCUUCAGCUUCACCCGCCACAACCACCCACUCCUCCACAUACACAUCCUGCAGCGACUCUUCCACAGGCACAUAUCCCAUCUACACCCUAACCAACUCCACAACAGCAACAACAAUCACCGGAACCGGACAUUCCUCUCAAUCAACAUCUCUCAGCACCACUUCAUACAUCCUCCCCCCCUCAAGCAUCUCCAUCGAUUCUUCCGCCUUGGCGGAAACUACUUCAAAAACAUCAAGCAGCCCGCACUAUUCCGUUCCAUCCAGCGAAACAUCCACCACGUCUUAUUUUUCAUCUUCAUUCUCAACUUCCACUUCAUCUUCAAAUUCGAGCACCAUCUCAUACGCAUCCACCGCCGACGCCGCCACCCAGCCCUCAGCCACUUCCACCACUUUCCACACCACAACCAUGACCAAAUCAUCUUCGAGCAGCGCAACAUCUUCAACUGCUUCGGCUUCGUCUACUGGCUACCCUCUUCCGCCUUCGUAUGGACCCCCGUCUUAUGA